AUGCCAUCCCGCAGUCACUUCGGCAUUCGCAAACUUCUCGGCACACCCCGUCGACGGUCGGCAGUGACCAGUGGUGGUAUCGACGUCGAGGGCGGCCGAGCAGACACCGACGAUGACAGCUCCUACUUCAAGCGCGAUAGCAGAAGUAGUGCUAGUAGCGGUAGCAUAGCUUCCUCACAAAGCACUGGCACUAAGCGAAGAGCCGUUGGCACCACUGCUGAUGGGCUCGACCAGGCCGAUGUGGCCCACAUCAAAGCGGCCGUGGCCACAGCGGCAGCAGCCAGCAGCCUCAAGUUCCGACUGAACAACGACGACAGAGGCGUUCAGCAGGCGGCCAACAAUAUCCCACCAGAGAGCCUGGACGGCCAGAAGCCACGAAAAAGGGUGCGGCCGGUGCUUGCGCCAAUCGUGGUGCUCCGUCACGAUGACAGGCAGAGGCAGCAAGCCGAGCCAGUGGCGGCAAACGCAGCAACAACCGUUGCGACCGACCGGAAACAGGAGAUCCACAGCCAUACACAAACAGCCACAAGGCUGCUGUCGACCGGUUCUUUGUGUGUUUGCGCAAAUCGAGAGCAGCCGCUCCAAUACGAAUUGCAAGAGAAAAAUCCGCAGCCCCUGGCCGGAAACAGAAAUGGAAGCCUUUGUUCAUCCAACGGCGAGGCCGUCUUGCUUCAAACGCAUGUGGCCCCCAACUCCAUGGCUAGCCAUUGUCAGCUGCAGAAGCACUUCUCUCCCAGCCAGUCCAGUCCUCCCAGUCCCUCGUGUCAGUCAUGGCGACCGACCCCACCACUCUCCUCCUCGUCUUUCAUGUCAUCGCCAGAAACGUCUUUAACCUGGCCCUCACCGCCGCCAUGUACACUUCCUCUUUUUGUCUCUGCCGCACAGUCUUCCUCGUCAACACAGUCACUGUCCGCGGACAUUUCUUUGUCGUGUCCAAAUACCCCGUUCUUCAACCAUGUUAAUCCCUAUACUGCGAGCCCUACUGCUCAUGCUCGCCUCCAGCUGAGCAUGUCUACCGAAAGCAUGGCAAAUUACCCUCCACCAACGCAGCAGCAACAGCAGCAGGACAAGUACAUGUCGGACGAGAAGAAAGACCAGGGCGGGCAUCUCGACCAGGUCGGCGACAAUGAAGAGACUGAACUCGAAUUUAAACGCAGUAGAGAGCUGAGGAAGAGGGUCUCCCUAUUUGGCUUCUCUGAAGGGCCUAUUCUCGACCUGUUCGAGGCUCUCACAAUAGAGCCGGAAGAGGCGGUUUCGCUGAGGAAAGAGUGCGAGCAGCAGUACCAGCCCCAUCACUUCCGUCGCACCGCAGGCAUGGACGACCAGUUGCCCACUCCCUUGCACAGAAGUAGCUCCGAUGCCGUGUUUUUUGCCCCCCUCAGCUCUUCUUCAGUCAGAACGGUAUCUGUCGAUGGCCUCAGCAUCAGUCCGACAUUCACACGGCCACGACCGGCACCUAUACCCAUGAGCAAGAGCGGCGAGCCAGCAUCGAUGCCAACGAGGAUGCUGCCUUCUCCGAAGAAGCAGACAAAUUUCUCGCCCCUCCGAAUACGCCCUGUUGCGCUUGCCCGAAAGCCGUCCGUGGCUGCUUCACGUGCUCAGAGGAAGCGCCCGAAGAAGUUCAAGCGGCGGGAGCAGGUGGCCAACGAGACAGAGACAGCCGUGCCUAGAGCCCCUGGGACACCAACAUCCCCGGUACAGGCCGACAAGCAAACCGACAUGCCGAGCCUAAGCAAGACAAGCAGUCGGGAGUCUGCCCAGAAACGUUACAGCGGCGGAACGCGGUGGGCGCUGGCAGACAACGUGGCCGAGCUGUUUAGCAAUCGACUGUUUGGCCGCAUGGAGGUGAAUGAGAUGCUGCCUUUGGAAAAACUGAAGGAGAUCAGGGAGAGCCGAGCAGCGGUGGCAACAGCGGAAGCGGCAGCAGCAUCAGAGACAAUUACAGCUACGGAGGUAACGACAAAGACAUCAGCAGCAGUGACAGCGACCACAGCUACAGACCCCACAACCCCCGUGCAGAAGAAAGCAGAGGUCGAAGGAGAGUGGCCGGUGAAGCUGAGUCAGUCUCCGGAAAAAAACCAAGAGCAAGAGCACAAUCCCCAGUCCCAGACAAAGGAGAAACAGAGCACGGAGCUGGAGACAGAGAGGCCGCAGCCCAGGUCGACACGAUGGCCACCACCACCCAUUCCUCUGCCACCUCCUCCAUCAGACUUGGCAGCGUCACCACGUCUGACAGAGCUCAUCAGCACGAUCGAGUCUGAUAGCUGCGAGACUCCGGUGGAGCCAUUCCAUCUUCAAGACCUGCCCCACCGCAUCGGGGCCGCCGGUGUGCGCUUAUCCGUUCUUCUGCCUAUGGAUGAAGAGGCCAUCUCGUUUGACAACUCGCGGGCACUCACGAAGAGAAAGAAAGCCGAAGAUGCAGAUGCAGCAGAUGCAGCAGGGCCAAACGAGCCGGUGGUGGCACAAGAAACAAACAAGGAGAAGGCCCCCUUCGCGCCACAAAGGAAUCUGCAGCGGGUUACCAAGGACAAGGGCAAGGUGAUGCCGACGAUCCCGGAGCUGACAGUAACAGACGUGAACAGCAACACGUAUAGGCCAAAGGCUGGUAGUAAGACAUGUAUGGGUACGGUUGCAAGCGCUACAAAGGCGCUGACUGCCAUGGUCAAUGCGGAUUACAUCCACCUGCCAGCGACGCCAUUCUCACUGGUGAUGCCAACCUACCGCCAUGGGCCCAUCCGCCUAGCCAGGGCAGAGGCUGAGGCAAAGAAGACGAAGGCGGAGGCGAGCUCAGCGUGGAUUGUGGCGGACGACGCGCUCGACUGGACGGCUUUUCACAUGGCCAUUCUUGGCGGUGCUGGCGACUUCUUUUCUGACAGCAUCGACUAUGGGCAAGCAUCCACAGACGCAGAUGAGGUCGACGACCUAGCAUGUUGGUUCUACUCGCUAGGUAUUGCACAUGAGCGGUUGGAUCAGGGAGAAGAAGAGGAGACAGACGAGGUGAAGAUGGAAGUGGGGACGUGGAUGCAAUCCGAGAAGAGGACAGAGGUCCCACAGGCCGUCACGAUGACAAGCAACAGACACAGCAACGACAGCUAUCGUUCGGCUGAGACUGAAAUUAGCAGCGGCAGCAGUGACAGCGUCAGUCUCUCCAACAGUGAAGUGACAGCUGGACAUGAGUUGCAGACACUAGGUCUACCACUUGGGAUUGCCGAAAUGUCGGCCACGCGGACACCACCACUACCGGCAUCGACAGACCAGCUCGCAGUGCAGUGA